AUGGGCGGCGAAGAACCUACACCUGAAAACUACACCUUGCUCCAGGGUUUCGAAUGGAACGUCCCUGCUGAUGGCAAGCACUACAAGCGUUUGCAAGAUGCGAUGCCCGCCUACAAGCACAUCGGCAUCUCCAACAUCUGGCUUCCGCCCGGCUGCAAAGCCAGCUCUCCCAACGGCAAUGGCUAUGAUGUGUAUGACCUGUACGAUCUCGGCGAAUUUGAUCAAAAGGGCGGCGUAGCCACAAAAUGGGGCACCAAAGACGAACUCCUCGCCCUUUCCUCCGCCGCCAAAGACGCCGGAAUCGGCCUCUACUGGGACGCCGUCCUCAACCACAAAGCCGCCGCCGACAAAAAAGAGAAAUGCCACGUUGUUGAAGUAGACCCUAACGACCGCGACAAGCAAAUCUCCGAGCGCAAGGAGAUUACCGCAUGGCUGGGUUUCAACUUCGACGGCAGAGGCGAUAAAUACUCGAAGCAGAAAUACCAUUGGUAUCAUUUUGGUGGUACGGAUUACGAUGCUGAGACGGGCAAGAAUGCGAUUUUCCAGAUUCAGGGAGAGGGCAAGGGAUGGUCAGAGUCUGUUGACGACGAGGGAGGCAAUGCUGAUUUCCUCAUGUUUGCGGACUUGGACUACUCGCAUCCGGAAGUCUGCGAAGAUGUUACCAACUGGGGCAAAUGGAUUGUCAAGGAGGUUGGCUUGAAGGGUUUCCGUCUUGAUGCUGUACAACACUUCUCUCAGCGCUUCACCAAGGAGUGGAUUGAGGCAUUAAGGCGAUCGCAUGGCGAUCUGUUCUAUGUCGGCGAAUUCUGGACUGGCAACAAACAGGAUCUGAUCGACUGGGUCAACGAGAUGGAGAGGAAGUUCUCGCUGUACGACAGCCCACUCCUGAACAACUUCUCGAACAUCAGCAAGCAAGAGAGCGCGGAUUUGAGAAAGGUGUUCGAUGAUACUCUGGUCCAAGACAUGCCUGUCAACGCCGUGACAGUAGUAGUCAACCACGACACCCAACCCGGCCAAACCGUCGAGACCCCCGUCGAAGGCUUCUUCAAGCCUCUCGCCUACUCUCUGAUCCUGCUCCGCCGCGACGGCUACCCCAGCAUCUUCUACGGCGACCUCUACGGCAUGAAGGGAGACAACCCCGAACCACCAUCCUGCGGCGACAAACUCGCCGAUCUGAUUCUCGCACGCAAGCUCUUCGCAUACGGCGAGCUCAACGACUACUGGGACAACCCCAACUGCAUUGGUUGGGUGAGAAGAGGAACACACGACAGAAAGAAUGGAUGCGCGGUGGUUAUGAGCAACACCGGACCUGGAGAGAUCAAGAUGCAUGUUGGACCUGAGCACAAGGGAGAGGUGUGGACGGAUCUGCUGGGCUGGGAGCAGGGAGAGGUCACCAUUGACGAUGAAGGCAAUGGUCUGUUCAAGUGCCCUGGUUGCAGUGUUGCUGUUUGGGUCAACAAGGAUGCAGAGGGCAGAGAGCACUUCCCCGUCAACUUCGACAGCGACAUCUACAAGGAGGCUGGCAAGCAGAACGGCGACAAGGAAGAGAAGGCAGACAAGAAGGAGUAA